GAAACAUUGGGUAUUCAAAUAACGUUAGGUUGUGACACCGGUCGCACCGACUGAAUAAAACAAUGACGACAGCGCUCGAAGACGGCAAUCAGAUAAAUGGAUCCACAGAUAACAGCGAAAACACAAACGGAGACUGCAGAAGGAACUCCAGUGAUGGAGAACCACCACCGCCAGUAGCUGGUAAAACGGACAGCCAGACUUACCAGACAUUCGAGAGCGCCGACCUCCCGCCCCUGACUCUGACUCAGAAGAAGACGAUGGCGGCGCUGACGCUGGUGAGCCUACUGAACGGCUCGCUGACGGCCGUGAUGAUUCCGUUCUUCCCGGCGGAGGCGGCCGACCGCGGACUCUCCCAGACCGCCAUCAGCGCCGUCUUCAGCUGCUACGCGCUGGCCAAGCUGGUGCUGAGCCCGGCGGUGGGCCGGGUGGCGCCCGCGGUCGGCGUCACGCGGCUCUACACGCUCGGUCUGGCUGCCGCCGGGACCUCCACGUUGGUGUUUGGGGCGCUGCAGCACAUCGCCGAGCCGCGCCUGUUCGCGGCCGGCUGCCUGCUGGCGCGGCUGGUCGAGGCGGCCGGCACGGCGGCCGUCUCCGGCUGCGCGCUCACCAUCAUCGCCAGUCAGUUCGGGCCGCGCACGAGCCGCGCGGUGGCGCUGCGCAGCGCCGCCUCCUCGGUGGGCCUGUCGGUGGGGCCGGCCAUCGGCAGUGGCCUGUACACGCUGGGCGGGUUCUCACUGCCCUUCUACGUCACCGGCGGAACCCUGCUGGUGAUGGCCGCUCUGAUCCACCGGCUGCUGCCUCCGCUGGAGAACUGCCAGCGCCAGUCCAUCCCCUACGUCACCAUGGUGCGCACCUUCUGCAGGAGCCCGCAGAACUGGCUCUGCAUGCUGAACGUCUUCAUGACCCCCUUCAUCGUCGUCACGUUCGACACGUCGCUGGCGCCGUACGCCGGCCGCGCGCUCGGCGUCACGCCCUCCACACUGGGACUCUACUUCACCGUCGCCACGACCGCCUACGCGCUCACGGCCUAUGUGUGGGCGCGUGUGGCCGAGAGCGCGCGCCGUCCGCACGUGUUCAUCGGUCUGGGCCUGCUGGUGGUGUCGGUCGCGCUGCUGCUGGCGCCGCCGUCGCCGCUGCUGGUCGGUCUCCAGCCGCGCUGGUGGCUGCUCGGCCUGGGCAUGGUGCUGAUGGAAGCGGCGCUCGGCGGCGGCUACAUCCCCUCGUUCCAGCUGAUGCUGGCGGCGGGGCGCCGCGCCGGACUGGAGGACGGCCUGGUCACCCAGGCCUUCGUGUCGAGUGUGCUGAGCACGUCGUUCGCGCUGGGCAGUGUGGUCGGCCCGCCGCUCGGCGGCGCGGUGGUGGAUUGGCGCGGGUUCCCGGUGAUGAUGACAGGACUGGCGGGGCUCACCCUGAUCGCCGCGCUGCUCAACGCUGGGUUCGCACUGUUGGCCGGGAGUCGGCGGGAGGAAAAGGUGGGAAGCACUAACGCCGCGAGGAGCCGGCGGGAGGAAAAGGUGGGAAUCACAAACGCGGCAGCGAGUGUCACAGAGGACACUGAGACCAGCACGGAUACGGACGGUUCGGUCCAACGAGGGACCAGUGGGUGUGUGAGGGAGUGCAGUAAUUGAUCAAUGUUGUCACGCUCGAAUGUUUAGUUGUAUGUGACUUUUCGUAGGGAGAGAACAGUGGAUGUUUGGCGACAUCGAUUUCAUAUUUUUUUCUUUCAAUAGAAAUUAAAAACAGA